GGGCGCUUUACCUGGCGCCUGGCCCACGCGGGGCUCUCUCUCCCACACACCCAGGCUCUGGUGCCGGCCCACCCCUUGACAUACAGCCACGCCGACAGUGCGGGUCCCUGGUGGGGUCCGCGAGGCACGUGCUUAUAUCCAGCCUAGGGCUUGUCCUUGCUGGCUGGGAGGGUCUUUCUCUUCCUCGGGUACCCGGGCCCUGCCCAGCAGGCGUCUGGAAGCUGAACCCGAGCCCUGCUGGCGCAGACACCUGGGACCCUGAGACUGGGGAUCUGGCUGCUGCGCCAGCCCUGCUAGGGCUGCCUGCAGGUGCUGGCUGUGGCCGCUGUCUCAGCUCUGGACAGGGCCCUGAGUGGGACUUCACACCUUGGCCAUCAGGGUGUGGUGGGCAAAGCCUCAGGCCAGGGCUUCUUUCCUGAAGCCUGCCUCUGAGUGUGAGAUCCUGUGGCUGGUGUAUCUGUGCUGGGGUGCUUCUCUGCCUUGGGGUGCUCGGCCAGAACCACAGCUGUGGGGCUUCCCUCUGGACCUUGACCCUCCAGGCCCCUGUGUGGUUGACAGCUCAGCACUGGUGGUCCUCCUCUCUGGGCGGCUGCUGUCCGUCCUGGACAACCCCCGACCUUGCCACUGUGUGAUGCUGCAGUCGUCUAGGAGGAAGCUGGGUGUAGGGUGUCUCUUGUCCGGCGUCCAGCCGUGUGGAGCCUCCUCGCAUGACCUGUCACCUCUUUCCUUUGUCCCCAGUUGGAAUUUGGGGUUUGGGUGGUGGUAAGUAUGGCCAUGGCAGGGCCACAGAAGGGGCAGUGCACCUCUUCGCUGGAGCACGAGCCAGAGGUGAGAGCCAUCCGGGUGACCUGCACGGGGUCCUGCAGGGUCUCCAACAAGGCCAAUGACGCAGCAUGGGUGGCGGAGGAGGGCUACUUCAACAGCGCUCUGUCUCUAGCUGACAAAGGGAGCCUGCCUGCUGGAGAGCACAGCUUCCCAUUCCAGUUCCUGCUUCCUGCCACAGCUCCCACGUCCUUUGAGGGCCCUUUUGGGAAGAUUGUGCACCAGGUCCGGGCCACCAUUGACACUCCACGUUUCUCCAAGGAUCACCAGUGCAGCUGCGUGUUCUACAUUUUGAGCCCCCUGAACCUGAAUAGCAUCCCAGACAUCGAGCAACCCAAUGUGGCCUCUACCACCAAGAAGUUCUCCUACAAGCUGGUUAAGACGGGCAGCGUGGUCCUUACUGCCAGCACUGACCUCCGAGGCUAUGUGGUGGGACAGGUGCUGCGGCUGCAGGCCGACAUCGAGAACCAGUCUGGCAAGGACACCAGCCCUGUGGUGGCCAGUCUGUUGCAGAAAGUGUCCUAUAAGGCCAAGCGCUGGAUUUACGAUGUGCGGACCAUCGCAGAGGUGGAAGGUGCCAGUGUCAAGGCCUGGAGGCGGGCGCAGUGGCAAGAGCAGAUCCUGGUGCCCGCCCUGCCUCAGUCUGCCCUGCCAGGCUGCAGCCUCAUCCACGUGGACUACUACCUGCAGGUCUCCCUGAAGACUCCAGAAGCCAUUGUGACCCUCCCGGUGUUCAUCGGCAAUAUUGCUGUGAACCAAGCCCCACUGAGCCCCCGGCCAGGCCCAGGGCUGUCUCCUGGGGUCCCACCCCUGGUAGUGCCCUCAGCACCACCCCAGGAGGAGAUGGAGGCUGAGGCCUGCAGCCCCCACUUCUUGGCGAACCCUGUCUCCCUCUCCACCAAGAGCCACUCACAACAGCAGCAGCAGCAGCCGCCUGCCGCCUUAAGCUCUGUGCCUGGUGCCCCUGAACCCCGUCCUCAGGAUGGCAGCCCCGUCCCCCACCCUCUGCCCCCUCCCUUGUGCAUCUCCACAGGUGCCACCGUUCCCUACUUUGCAGAGGGUUCUGGAGGGCCGGUGCCCACCACCAGUACCUUGAUCCUCCCCCCGGAGUACAGCUCGUGGGGCUACCCCUAUGAGGCCCCGCCGUCCUAUGAACAGAGCUGCGGCAGUGCGGACCCCGGCCUGCCCCCCGGGAGCUGACCCGUGCCGCCUUCUCUGGGCGGCCGACCUCUGCCCUGGGACCGGGCUCCCAGGGCCUCGUGCCUUCGCUCCCGGCCUGGCCCAGCCCACUCAGGAUCCGCCGCUGUCCGGCCGCUCCCCGCGGCCUCCGCCUCCGGACCAGCAUCUGCCCCAACUAGUCUCCGCGGCUGCCCUGUACUC